UGGAAAACAAUAUCAAUUAAUUAAUUAAUAAUUUUCAAAGUGUUCCCUUUGGGAAAUCCCCUUUUUUGUUGUAUCUCGUUGAGAAUUGAAAUAUUUUGUUCUUUUUCCCAACUAUUUUUCUUCUUUGAUUUUAUUUUGUUUUCCAAGUUAAACGUUGGGGUUUUUAUGAUGGAUCGAUGAAAAGAAGAAAAAAGAGAUUUAAAACAAAAAGGAAACUCAACAGUGUGAUAUGAAGGAACAUUUUCGAAAAUGAUGAGGAGGAGCGAUACGAGUAAAUACGAGGUCCUUGAGGUCGCAGGAGUGAUCAUUUUACUCCUGGUCGCAUUGACUCCUGUUCUUUGCUCAGCCGGAAUCUUGGAUCCAUUUCAAUGGGCAAGAAGCGAUAGAAUCGAAGUUAACAUACCAUGGUUACCAUUCGAAAACGAAACAAGGUGUUACGACGAAUUAGGAUGUUUAAACAUAACAAGAAAUUGGUAUCAUUUGAUAUAUAGACCAUUAAAUGUAUUUCCUUUACCAAGAGAAGUCAUCAACACAAGUUUCAUCCUUUACACCAAUGACAAUCCAACUGUGGGACACGUAUUGACUGUAGCCAAGGACAAAACAAUCAAAUAUUCUAAUUUUAAUCCUAAACGAAAGACUAAGUUUAUAAUCCAUGGUUUUAUUGACACACCACUUAGCAGUUGGAUAAAGGAAAUGAAGAACGAAUUAUUAAAACACGGUGAUUACAAUGUAAUUGUGGUUGAUUGGGCAGGUGGUAGUUUACCUCUUUAUACUCAAGCUACAGCCAAUACCAGAUUAGUUGGUUUAGAAAUAGCUAAUCUGAUCAAACACUUACAGACCAAUUAUAGAUUGGAACCAAACGAUGUUCAUCUGAUAGGUCACAGUCUUGGUGCACAUACUGCUGGUUAUGCUGGUGAAAAAUUACGUGGUAACGUUGGACGAAUAACAGGAUUGGAUCCAGCUGAACCAUAUUUUCAAGGAAUGCCAAGUCACAUACGUUUGGAUUAUACUGAUGCCCAAUUGGUCGACGUAAUUCAUACAGAUGGAAAGAGUAUAUUUUUCUUAGGGCUUCCAGGUUAUGGGAUGAGUCAAGCAUGUGGACACCUGGAUUUUUAUCCAAACAAUGGAAAGGAACAACCAGGUUGUACAGAUUUGACUGAGACAACACCAUUGACUUUAAUACGUGAAGGUAUUGAUGAAGCAUCACGUGUCCUGGUGGCUUGCAAUCAUAUACGUUCCAUAAAGCUCUUCACCGAGAGCAUCAAUUCGAAGUGUCAGUAUAUAGCACAUGAAUGUUCGAGCUAUACAAAGUUCUUAAAGGGCGAGUGUUUUUCUUGCAAGGGAAAUGAUAGUAUGAGUUGUGCGAUCAUGGGUUAUCACGCUGAUGCUAGUCCAGCUCUGUUAAGAAGUAAAGCCACUAAACAAGAUGUUUCUUCGUUGAUAGGAUCUAAAUUUUUUUUCAACACUGGCAAAGAAGAUCCUUAUUGUAGAAGACACUACAGGAUAACGAUCAAUCUAGCUAGACCACCCACUGCUGAAAGUUGGGUACAAGGUUUUAUGAAGGUAACUCUUCAUGCUGACAAUGGACAAAUACGUAAUAUGGAUCUCACACCUAGUGGUUAUAUGAGACUAGAACAUGGCACGAGCGUAAGAAUGGUGAUAGCUCAUCCGUCAGGUUCAAUUGGCAAGAUCAGAAGAGUUGACUUAUCCUGGUCUUAUGAUAUGGACGUGCUUCAACCCCGAUCGCUAUGUUUUUUUUGGUGUAACGAUCGAUUAUACGUCAACAGUGUCAACGUUGACGUAAUGGAACUACCAGGAAGAGGAAAAAGAGAGACUGAUCUCUCCAGCAAGUUAUGUUCAGCGAAUAGGCAGCAAUACGCAGAAAUUGCCAGUGGUUCGGCAGCUUCAUUCGUUGACAAUUGUUGAUGAUGAUUAUAUACAUAUAUAUAUAUACAUAUAUAUAUGUAAUAAUUUCAUUUCAUCAUCUUCACGCUUGGAAGGGACUGAUAUAUUAUAGAAAUUCACGUAUGUAUAAAUAAAUAAUUAAGUAAUUAGUAUGUACAAAUAAUGAACAAACAAAGAAAAAUAAUCUCAAUGAUCAAUUUAGUCGACUAUUGUAUUUCAAACAAAAGCACAGAAUUAUCGACACUAGUUUAUAUA